UGGACAGGCACUCAUAUGGCAGAGUGUUUGACAUGGAGACCUAUAUUUAUCACACCAUCACCGGUACAGUGAAGACAGCAGCCCAUGCACAGGUGAGUACGGAGUUUCUUCUUUAGCACAUUAUGAUCUGAUCAUUUAAGUAAUAUUAAGCACCAUAAUCAGUAUAUUUUCUAAACUGCAGGAAGAAGCAUCAUUUUACACAGAGAUUGCAUCUUAUCUCUCCUUUUAUAUAUUUCCAUGCUGUUCAAUACUGAGGAUAACAAAAUAUAUGCUGUUUGUUCACAGGACAUGUUAUAAUCUAUUGCUGUUUGAAUGUAAUUAUUUGCAUCUGUCAUCUGGUAUUUGGUCUGCAUGGUUUAAUUACAUUUGGGGAUAGGGUAUUCUUAGAACAUAUUGAGAUGCAUGUAUUGCAUGUGAAGAUCAGAUCUUUAACAGUUUCCAAGUUAAAACAAAAUAUAUAAAAUGUCAUGUUAAUUGUCCACUCGAAAAUUAAAACAACAAUGUGACAUUUAGAUUUUUAGUUUUAGCUUGAAACUGUUAUAGGUCACAUGUAAAUAGAUACAUCUCAGUAUGUACAUUUCUUUAAAUCACAUAUGUCAAUGCUCACUGAAAAACAAAACAAUUGAAGCAAGAUGUACAAUGCAAGUGAUAAAAUGCAAUGGCUGGUUUGCAGGUGGUCAAGAUGAUUUCUCCAUUGUGGCUGGUGGGGGCAAUAUGCUGUCUGACGUUGCUCCCAGGUGGGAUAACGUGCUUUCACGUUACAUGAGUUUGGUGAAAUGAAAAUUAUUGAAAUGAUUGUCCUAAGUAAAUAGAAUAUAUUCCAUGUGGCAUUGGAUGAUAACUGACUGAUGAGUCUUUGGCAUGUGUAUCCUCUGCAGUUUGGCUGGAGGCAAAGUCUCUGUUGAAUACCAUCAAGCAGGAAGGUAACUGAAUGUUUAGGGAGGAUUACAUUUCAAGUUUUUACAUUCAAGCUUCUUGAUACAAUUAUGUGUAGUACCAAUGCUUUACUUUUGUUUCGAUACUGAAAGCAACAUAUCUAUGGUAGCUAUAAAUAGCAGUAGGCGUCAUGUCUUUCUCCCUCUGUCUCUCUGGCUUUGCUCUCCCUCUCCUCUGACCCACCUCUCCCCACAGCGAUGAGCCCUGUUAGGGAUGUAGGUAUUGAUUCGGAGAAGGCGAACGGCUUCCUGACUCACUCACGACCAAAGCGCAAUGUGGAACCCAGGUGGUACAGAGGCAACCCCGACUUCCAGGCUUACUACCGCUACUACAAUAGCAUCGGACACACAGAGGGGGUAAGAGAGGAAAGAAAACAAUCACACUACGCAUUAACUAAUGAAGCACUAACUACUAACUAAUGAAGCACUAACUACUAACUAAUGAAGAACUAACUAAUGAAGCACUAACUACUAACUAAUGAAGAACUAACUAAUGAAGCACUAACUACUAACUAAUGAAGAACUAACUAAUGAAGCACUAACUACUAACUAAUGAAGCACUAACUAAUGAAGAACUAACUACUAACGAAUAAAGCACUAACUUAACUAAUGAAGCACUAACUUAACUAAUGAAGCACUAACUACUAACUAAAGAAGAACUAACUACUAACUAAUGAAGCACUAACUACUAACAAAUAAAGCACUAACUACUAAUGAAUGAAGCAUUAACUACUAACUAAUUAAGCACUAACCACCACUAACAGUAAAUUAGGCAUUUUUUCAUCUCAAAUUCUUCCAUCUCUCGCUCUGUAUGAUUUUAAAAAAUCUGGAUCUUGUCUUUAUUUCAAUCUGUCUUGUACCUCUCAGCUGUAUGAGAUUGACCGGAUCAGGCUGCUGUACCAGCAGAUGAGGCAGCUGGAGCAUGUAUACGGCCCCAACGCCUCACACUUCCAGAACAAACUGGGAGUGCCCACCAUCAAGUGCGACCCAGCCACGGACAAAAAAUGCAAAGCCCUACCCACUCCCCCUCCCACCCCAAUAAAAAGCACCUCUCAGCCCCCUCCUGCUCCGCCCCGCUCCCAGGCUGACGUCAUGUACCUAUGCAAUGCCAAGGACCCCCUCUGCAAGCCCCAUAUCGUCUACCUCCCCACCGGGGCAUUGCCCGUACUGUGCGACCCCCGCUACCACCCCUCAUGCAACCUCCACAAGCUCCCUCCUCCACCACCACCCCCCAUGCUUAAAAAAUCUGCCCCACAACCACCACCCCCCGCCCCAAAAAAGUCAUCUCCCCCUCCGGCCCCCAUCCACACCUACAAGGGCAUGGAGUAUGACUGCAAUCCCUACUGGGACCCGGACUGCCUGAUAGACCACCCACCCAGACCCCUCCAUGGCAAGGCUGGCCCACCCCCGCCUCCCAUUGAGGAACAACCAGUGGAGAACCCACCACCCCCUGCAGCCAGCAUCAAGAAAGUGGCACAUCCCUAUCCUUACCACGGUUACCCCUAUAACUAUGGGCAUGAACUCUAUGAUCCGGUCCGCUUCCAGUACCCCUCACCACCUUCUGAUUCCCCCGAUGAUGGUGGUAGUGACUAGCCCAUCAAAGCUCUAAAGGCAUUAGCUUUACUUACGCCUCAAGUGUUUUGGCAGUAAUGAACAAAGAGUUGUUUUCCCCUCCAGAUGUAGAUUUAGAAUGACAAAGCGGCACAGACCAUAAUUACAGGUCUUUGAGCUAUCAAUCAUGUAAACCGUCUUAUUGAUGUGAUGCUGUUAUGGGAAGGAGAGCAAACCUAUUUAUACAGCAAUGACCUGCAGUAGAGUUAUGCUAUAUUACAAUGACUGAUGAUAUUGCAACAAUAAGACCAUCUCUGAUUGAUUUAUUACUAUCCAAUGUGCCAUUUGUCUAUUCAGCAUCCAAAAUCAUUAUUCAGUUACACAAUUUGCAUAGAAAAAAAAGAUAGUGACAAAGUUAAUAUUGACUCAAAUGAUGAAAAAUAAACGUUUCAAAAACUGGCUCUGGGUUGUCUCUACUGAACUCUGUUUGAAUGUAUACCACAUGCCAGUAUUGCUUGUUCUGCUUGUUACUGUAGGUUUUGUGUAAUUAAAAGGCAAAAAUGAAUAUACAUGGCAACAGUGAGAGCUUGAAAGAGAGGAGGAUGAUAAAAUCCCAUAGAGGAGGAAAGCUGAAUC